AUGGGAGGAGCGGCGGUCCAGGUGCUCCAGCCAACCGUGUGCUCAGACGCUCAUCAGAAGAAGAUAGUGGGCCGGAGGAAAGUGUGCGUGUGGGGUGUUGCGAAGGGCAGGGCGCGAUCACAGUCGGGUUAUUGUUCUGAUUUAACCGCUGCGAUCUCCUCACGAAGAGUCUCCACUGGCAUCUCAUGGGCUUGGAAAUACUGUGCUUUUGAUAUACAGCGGAUCUUCCUGCGUGGAUAAUGUUCAAGAAGAGCAAGAGCAAAGUUCUGGUGGAUGAAGCGUCAGAGGAGGACGACGUGUCGUGGCAUCACGAGCACGCGAGUAAGGAUAAAGACUCCGAGGGAACAGAGGAAGUUCUGAGUCCCUCAACAAAGGAUUCAAAGUUAAAGAAGGUUAAAUCAAAGCGAGAAAAAGGAGACAAGAAGUUGUUUCCAUCACAGGACGAUGAACACAUCUUGCUUACAGGAGUCACUGUCUCUCACAGAAGAGGGUCUGCUAAGAAAAACUGGGAGGACGACAAGAGCAAACCGCACUCAGAAAAAGACAAAGCGCACUGUCUAUGGGACAGCAUCACCAUGACGAUGAAGCAAAUCACACCUACAAAGAAGAUUGACAAGAUGGAGGGCUGGGAACCACCUCAGCUGAACGACGGAAAGGAGGAGGAAAAAGAAGAGCCGGAGAAGAAGAGGAGUGACUCGUCCCCACCGUCUCUGUCACUGUCUCUGCCGCAUUCUCUGGGUUUGCCGUCCUGGGUUGGUUUGGGUUUGGAGGAGGACUCGUCUCGCUAUGCUAGUUUGACUGAGUCACAGACUGGCGGCCCUGCCCAGUGGGCGGCCCGGGCACGAGAUAAAUUAGCUGCCGUCCGUCGCAGAAGUCCAGCCAGCCUAUCAGAAAGCAGUUGGGAGGGGCUUAAAUGAUUUAGCAUUAGCAUCUGUUAGAAUGGCCACGCCCCCUUGUAUACAACUCUAAUUGGACAGCCCACCUAUGUGAAAAGUAGGACCCUCAGACCAAGAGUGCCUGCUCCCGAUGCCUGUCAGUCCCAAAUAUUUUCAUUUUUUUAAUUUGAUAUGAAGUUCUUUUCCAACUUUUGAAUGAAGCUCCUUCAGAGAAGUCACUGGAUGUACUCACAGUUGGUGUCUGACGUCACUGACGAUUUCUAGAUUAGUUUUAAAGGUCAUAAAUGACAUUUAAACAGUUUUCACCCAAAAAUGAAAAUUCUGUCAUCAUUUAUUCACCCUCAUGAUGUUCCAAACCUCUGUUGAACACGAAAGCAGAUAUUUUAAAGAAACAUUCUUCAAAAUAUCUUCUUUUGUGUUCAACGGAAGAAACUCAUACAGGUUGGAACAACAUAAGGGUGAGUAAAUGACGACAAAAUGUUCAUUUUUGGGCGAACUAUGCCUUUAAAGGUACAAAACGAAAAUCUUGUGAUCAUUUGUUUACCCUUAUGUCAUUCCAAACCUGUAUUACUUCAUUUCUUUCACUGGAACAAAAAAGUAGUUUAGCAAAAUGCCCCAAGUAGGCUACUAUUGUCCAUACAAUGAAACUGUAGCUGCUAAAAUUACAAUAAAGUAUGAUAAAUAUAGUACAAAUGCACUAUAUUCUAAGUUUUCUUUAUUUGUACAAUACAUUUAUGUAGAAGCAGUCCUACAUGCAAGUUGUUGUUUACUGCAAUAAGUCCUUGAUCAUUUUCAUUGUAGGAAAAAGAGCAGUCAGGACAUUCUGCUGAACUACUUCUGUUUACAGAAUAAAGUCAAACAGGUUUGGAACGACAUAAAGGUGAAGAAAUGAAGACAGAAUGUCCAUUUUUAGGUAAACUGUCCCUUUAAAUCCACGUUUUCGUGCCGAUUAGUGUAAGUGAGGCUGCAGUACCUACCGUCACAGACAGAGGGCGCAUCGCGUCUCAAUCUCCACAAUCACCGCUGAGAGAUCGAUGCUUUGUAUGUUAUGCUAAUAUGUCUCAUGAUUCAGUUGUGGUUAAUUUGUUCUGCUGUGUAGUUAAGGAGUGAAUGUGGAAUGAAGUAAAAACGCCUUCAACAGAGUAGAUUUACAAACAUUAAUGCCUGCUGAUUCAAAAUCACAAUGUACUGUAAUUAGCCUACUCUAUGCAAACAAUUUCCUCGCUAUAAUCCCAAAUUACUUGCUAUAUUGAUCAUGCCAACAGUGUAUUCAGUGCCACUUUUCUGUCACAAGGAAGAUAACUUACUGUGGCUUUAUAAGACAUACAGGCAACAGUUUUAAAUUGAAUGUAUGUGCUCAGUCCUGCCCCUGGAGAUUUUGACUAAUCAAACAUGCUUAAAUCAUAAGUCUUUAGAUAAAUUUGAGAAAAACACAAUCUUCUGGUAUAGAUCGGGGUUGAAACUAAGUUCUGAAGUAGGUUGGAUCUCCAGGAAUGGGAUGAGCAUCCAGAACUGGUUAAUAAUGCCUUACGGUAAUGAUUAUUGUCACAAACCUUAUUUCUAAGCCUUCCAAAGACCUCAAGAGCUGUGCAGUUUUAUCAUGAAGUACAUUUUUCUUUGCUGUGCCUCGACUUAAAAGUCAUUUUAUAGUGUGAUUAAAAACAACAUGUUAAACUUCCAACUCCCUCAAAUAUGGUAAAAAUGACAAUCAUCAUUUAUAAGUCUAAUAUGAAAUGUAUUUUAUACAUCAACCUCAAUAAGAGCUUUGGUUUGCUAGAAGAAUGUGUCUUAUUGCUGAUUUUAGGAGAUUUAUUUAUAAUCUAAAGAUUCUGAGAGAAGGUGGGUUUGCUGCUCUUAGUUGUUCAUAGUAGCUUUAUAUAAUUAGUCCACAAAUGGGAUUACAAAUUGUUAGUUUCAGAUUUUGCUUUCUAUUUGGGGCCUUUGCGAGAGUCUUGUUUUGAUUUUAUCUUGAUACUACUGAAUGAUUUUUUUUUUUUUCUAUAUUAUUAUGAUUUAAAUGCCAAUAUUAAGAUGUUGUAGUUCCAAGGGUUCAGAUAAGCUUAUGAAUCUAAAUAAAGAGUUACACUUUA